AUGAUGAGCCCCCUCCGCUGCUCUGCGAACAGCCACUACUCCAGCUGUGUCCCGGCCUGCCCACCCCAGUGCGCCCCCGCCCGAGGCCAGCGGGACUGCACCCAGGAGUGUGUGGAGGGCUGCCAGUGCGACCAGGGAUACGUGCUCAACGGCAAAAGCUGCAUCCUGGCACAGAACUGCGGCUGCUACACUGAUGGCAAGUACUUUGAGCCUAAGCAGCUGUUUUGGAACUGGGACUGCACCAAGCGCUGUCAGUGCAUCGGCAGAAACUUGGUACAGUGCGACCCCCGGCGCUGUAAAGCUGAGGAGGAGUGCGUCCUGCGUCACGGGGUCCGGGGAUGCUUCGCGCGGCGCUCCCAACACUGUGUGGCAUCAGGUGGAGGCGUCUUCAGGACUUUCGACGGGGCCUCUCUGCGUCUACCUGCCUCCUGCUCCUUCGUCCUGUCCACAAACUGCCACAAGCUCCCAGACCUGUCCUUCCAGCUUAUUGCCAACUUUGACAAGUGGAGCACGCCCAACCUCACCACCAUCUCACACGUCUACCUGUACAAUAAUGAGGAGAAUAUCCUGAUAUCCGGCAGCACUAUAAAGGUGAACGGGACCCCAGUGUCGGUGCCCUUCCUAACGGGCUUGAUGACCCGCCUGACCACUUCAGAGGGCUUCAUCGUCAUCGACACUCCCCAGGACAUCCAGGUGAGGUACAAUCGCUUCAACACCCUAAGCAUCACCAUGGGCCCACGGCUGCAAAACAAGGUGUGCGGCCUCUGCGGGAACUUCAACGGCGAUCCCAGCGAUGACUUCAUCACCUCCAGGGGAAAGCCGGCCACCAGUGCCCUAGAGCUGGCCCAGAGCUGGAAGACUAACGGCAUGCAGAACAGUUGUGACGAGAUGCAGUACGUGGCCCUGGCUCAGUCAUGUGACAAUACUGCUGUCCUGGCCCUGCAGAGUGAGAACGCCUGCCAGAAACUCACCGCUCUCAAAGGCUUCUUCCAGCCGUGCCAUGGCCUGCUCGACCCGCAACCUUUCUACCAAUCCUGUUACCUGGAUGGCUGCUACAACCACCGCAGGGCCCAGAUGUGUGGCUCCUUGGCUGCGUAUGCCGAGGCUUGCAGGGCCCUGGGAACACUUUCCACGCGCUGGAUCACUCAGGAGAACUGCUGUAAGAGACACCAUGGCCGAGUUCCAAUCCAUCCUUUUCUUUACAUUUUUUAG